CCCCCAGUCGUUCGCCGUCGAGCAUCGAGAGAGGAGCUAUAUCGUACCGCCAUCAGUGCGAGCCCGCACACAUCUGCUGCUGUGUUGUGCGCGCGCGACGGACGUCAGUCCAGCCGGAGCACGUGUCAGUUCCGGCGCUUUGUACAGCGAGACGCAAAUAGACCCCCUCCGCUACGCUCGCUCUUCCUCCUCCUCCUCCUGCUUUCGUCGCUGCGCUACUGUCUCGGCCGUCUGGAAAAAGUCGUGCGGUGCGCCAGUGACGGCCUGACUCUGCGGGCACGCGCGUCGUGCUCCGUUUUUACUCCUCUCGAGUAUAACAACACACGAACGUUCAUCGACUCGACUGUGCUAUCGGCAGAAGUGAUACGGGAGGUACAUCGAUAUCCGAAUCUUCGGCCUGCGACAAACGCGCGCAGCUGCAGCCGGGAGUGGAAGCCGCAGCCAGCGACACGACACUCCCACUCGGGAAUCUGGCGGCGGUACAACGACUUCCUAAUGACAUCGUAAAGCUCGGCGGUGCGCGAAAAAUACGGGCGGAAGCGCGCGACACAUGUGCCGGCUGCGCACGCCGGGAGUCUACUUUCGGAGUCGGCGCGGCCCGCCGGCGCUGCAGCCGAUCGACAAUCGGCAAUAACGAGCUUCCGGCUUCCGGCGAAAUUCGCUCGUUCUCGCUCCGUGCGCGAACUGAGACUGCCAAGAGCCCGAAACCUCCGGCUCAGCCGCUAGGCGGAAAGUCAAAAGGAGGAAGAAAGAGCCGAGAGGGCUCGCGAGUGUCGAAGUGAGAGUGAAAAGCGCCGGCAAGUGCAAUAGUCGCGAACCUUGAACUCUCCUUCUCCAUAUAGGCGCGCGCGUGUGCCGAGUGUGUAUGUGUGAUUGUGUCGCGGGCUUUGUUGCACCGACUAAGCCAGCGAGAUUGCGCUCGGCUCGACUCUUUUGAGCUUGAGCAGCGGAGCCUGUGACUGACGGCGCGAUAAUUGAAGCCGCGGAUUUCGCAGAGUGUGCAGCAGCUCGCGCGCUCAGCUGCCAAAUCGCCCGACAUCUAUCUACAGUGCAGUGCGCGACACGAGGGAGAAAUUGCCGGAGACAAAAGUGUGCAUUCGAGCCUCGAGAAUCAAGGGGCACUCCAGUGUUGAAGCGAGAGAGCUGUGUCGGAACGACGCCAAAGUGCUGCCGAAGAUUAAGGUCGAGCUCUUGAGGGCCAACGGCCCUGGCUUUGGUCCCUUGCCUGCAACCAGUCCGACUUCAUACCGCCGCUCUCUCACCCGCCGCAAAUAGGUACGCGAGGAAUUCUUCGAGACGCAUAGGAGCCGCCAGAGGAGCUGAAUGAGAGCAGCUGCCGGGAAGCUCCGCUCGAGGUGUGAUCUGGAGGCAAGGCUCAGAUUCUUGGAGAGCCGGAUGUGAUGUGACGUCGAGAUGACGCGAAAUUCGCUGAGAGAGGAAGGGUGCAGGCUGGCGCGCCGGCACCGUAGUCCCGCUGCCGCAAUACCGAUAGCCCACUCAUUAUUCCUCCUCCUGAUUCCGUCCUUUUUCUUAACCGCUUGUCGCGCCCAGGAUGCCGAGUGUCCGCCCUCCGAGCUCAUCCCCGGAUGUCCCUGCUACAACUUCGAGGACGGCCUGUUCCUCGAGUGCGCCGGAGCCACUGAAGAGACGCUGAGGUCGACGCUCAUGGGCGUCAUGAACUCGGCAGGAGAAGACACGGUCGUCCAGUCGCUGAGCGUCUACGAGCUGGACAAGCUGAUCGAGGACUUGCGGGAAAGCGCCUUUCCCGUAGGCUCCCAGAUCAGGCAUCUGCAGAUAUCCCACUCGUCGCUGCGCGGCAUCGGCGACACGGCCUUCAAGAAUCUGAAGGGCAGUCUCGAGUCGCUGGCGCUGGUUUCAGGCCGGCUGCCGCAGGUUCCGCAGAAGGCCCUGGCAGAGUUGACCAAACUGACCAAGCUGGACCUCGAGGCCAAUUUCAUCCAGGACCUGUCGUCCUACUGCUUCUACGGCCUCAAGCUGAUGAAGCUUAGUCUCAAGGGCAACCAGAUAUCCAAGAUAUCGGAGCACGCGUUCGCUGGGCUCGAGGACUACCUAGCCGAUCUGGAUCUCACGGAAAACAAGCUCAAGGUUUUCCCUAUGCUGGCUCUCAGGAGACUCGCCAGUCUGGAUUCGCUGAGGCUAGCCUGGAACGAGAUCUCCGAGUUGCCCAACGACGGUCACUCCAAGCUCAGCUCGCUCUUGAUCCUCGAUCUGAGCAGCAACAAUUUCGACAAACUCAACGAGGACUGCUUCAAACCCUGUCCGAUCCUGCAGACCUUGUCGCUCUACUACAACAACAUCCAGGACGUCGACAAGAGCGCCUUCGUCUCCCUGAAAGACCUUGAGUCCAUCGAUCUCAGCCACAACAAGAUCGUCUACCUCGAUCCCACGACCUUCAAAGCCAACAGCCGGCUUCGCACCAUCGAACUCAGUCACAAUCACAUACACUACAUAGGUGGAGUUUUUGCUGGACUGCCCGAGCUGAGAGAGCUCUACCUGGCUGAGAACAACAUCCUCGAGAUCCCGUCCGACGCCUUCGUAGGCAGCGUCAGCCUGACCGUCGCCUACUUCCAGCAGAACGCCAUCCGCAGAAUCGACGCCAAAGGUCUCGCGAGCCUCGGCAUGCUGGAACAGCUGCACCUAACCAACAACUACAUCGAGAAGGUUCCCGUCGGGUUUUUCGAGCACUGCGAUAAGCUCACCUCUCUGUCUCUGGACGGUAACAAGAUUCGCGAGCUACUCGCCAACACAUUCUCGAGUCUGGACAAGCUGCGCGAGCUGCGACUGCAGGACAAUCAGAUAGCCGACGUGAAGCGAGGCGUGUUCGCGCCCCUGCCAGCGCUGCAAGAACUGCACCUGCAGAACAACGCGAUCGCCAACAUCGAGACGGGUGCAUUGAGCACGCUCAGCAGUCUGCAGCACGUCAAUCUUCAGGGAAAUCAGCUCUCGGUCUUGGGUGAUGUGUUUCAGCUGUCGUCGGACUCGUCCUCCUCGGCAGGCGGCAGCUCGUUAGUCUCCAUCCAGCUGGACAGUAACAGAUUGGCCGCGUUGCACAACAACUCCCUGCGCGGCCAGGCGUCCGUCAGGAUAAUGUGGCUCGGUCACAACAAAUUGACUCACCUGCAGGCGUCGCUCUUCCGAGACCUGCUCCUCGUCGAGCGACUCUAUCUCACCAAUAACUCGAUAUCGAAGAUCGAGGACGCCGCCUUCCAGCCGAUGCAAGCGCUGAAGUACUUGGAGCUGAGCAUGAACAAGCUGAGCCACGUGACGGACCGGACUUUUUCCGAGCUGCACGAGCUGGAGGAACUGUACCUCCAGGACAACGGCCUGCGUCGUCUUGAUCCGUACGCCUUCACCGCGUUGAAGAAAUUGAAGGUCCUGGAUUUGGCGAACAAUCACCUGACGGUACUGCACGACGCCAUCUUUCAGGAAUCUCUUCCCAUCAGGAAGCUUAACUUGAAGAACUGCUCCAUCCAGUCCAUCGAGAACGGAGCUUUCCUCGGGCUCACGGAGCUGAUCGAUCUCAAUCUGGAGAGCAAUCAGCUGACCGCGCCAGCUCUGCGCAGACUCCAGAUCUCCGGACUGCAGAUUCUCACGGUGUCUCGCAACAACUUCACUCAGCUCUCGGAGCACAGCUUUAACGGCUUGCCGUCGCUCCAGCAGCUCACCUUCGACGAGGUGCAGGUUUCGCAGAUGCCCGAGAACAUCUUCGUUCUGAACGUGAAUCUCGCGAAACUGCAUCUGAACCACAACUACCUGAAGACUUUGCCACCUGGAAUUUUCCACAAUCUUAUUUCACUUCGCGAGAUACGCAUCGACCACAACAGACUAAUCGAAGUGCCAUACUCUGCCCUUGAUAGGGCGAAGAAUCUGGAAAUACUGUCCUUGUCACACAACGACAUCAACACGGUAGAGGUCGCCAAGCUGUCCGGACUCAAGUACCUGCGCGAACUGGAUUUGAGCAGCAACCGGAUCGAAUCCAUGUCGGGAUUCGCACAGGCCAACCUCACGCGGCUGUUCUCCGUAGAUCUCAGUCGCAACAAUCUGAACGCGCUGCCUGCCAACUUCUUUGCGCAAUCGACAAUGCUGCGCCGGGUCGACCUCUCGGAGAACAAGUUCCGUCAGAUCCCGGCUAUGGCCCUGUCGGGUCAGAACCUCCCAGGACUUACCUGGUUGAAUCUCACUAGAAACCCUCUGAGCAAGAUCCACGAAGUUCCCUCGGAGUCCACGUAUCCCCUGCUCCAGGAGAUCCACAUAUCCGGUACCAACCUGACCAUACUCACGUCGCAGGACUUCGAAGCCUUCCCGGCUCUGCAGUACCUCUUCAUCAGCCAGAACAGCAUAUCGCGUGUCUCGCCCGGUGUCUUCCGUAGUCUACCGAACUUGCUGACUCUCCAUUUGGGCAUGAACAGUCUGGACAAACUGCCGCAGGAGCGGCUCCAGGGACUGGAGCAUUUACGCAUUCUCAACCUGACGCACAACCGACUGAAGGAGCUCGAGGAGUUCCCCGGGGAUCUGAAGGCCCUGCAGAUACUGGAUUUGUCCUUCAAUCAGAUAGGCGCCGUCGGCAAAGUGACGUUCAAGAAUCUGGUCAACUUGGUGGAGCUACAUCUGUACGGGAACUGGAUCAAUACGAUAUCCAGCGAUGCGUUCCGGCCUUUGAAGAAGCUCCGACUGCUCGAUCUCAGCAGGAACUACUUGGAGAACCUGCCGCUCAAUGCCUUCCGGCCCCUCGAGACGCAGAUACGAAGUCUGCGAGCCGAAGAGAACCCCUUGAAUUGCGGCUGCGAGUCGCAGGAGCUGUGGGAGUGGCUGCGGGAUCAUCAGAAGCUCGUCGGCGGAGUGGGACGGAGCCGCGGACGCAUCAGCAGCGUCAACGGCGAAGUCGAGAGCGGAGUGCUCAGGUGCGAGCAGCCGCCGGAACUCCGCGGUCUGGUCUUCCUCGACCUCGACCCGCACGCCUUCUGCUCGUCCCCGCUGGUUCUCAAGCUCGCCAUCCAAGACAUACAGCCGUUCUCCGUACUCGUCUCCUGGCAGAGCAGGAACCACUCCGGCCUACACGGAUACAGGGUCGCGUACCACGCGCUCGGCAACGUCGACGAGGUGCGGGGCAAGCUGCUGGACCCGAAGGCGCGCUCGGUACGGCUGACCAAGCUGGCCUCGGACACGCGCUACCUGAUCUGCGUGCUAGGCCUGGGCAACUGGGGCAGCCCGUUGCCCGAGGACAUGAGCACCUGGAACACGUGGAACUCGUCGUCGGCGAGCCAGGACGACCUGCUCGAGAGCUCGGCCCACCCGGUCAUGGUGGACUCGGCGAUGAGCCGCUGCACCGAGGUACGCACCCUCGACGCGCCCAACUCGAUAGUGGGCGAAGGCGCGGUGGGCGACCGGGGCGGCCUCGCCAGCAUCCUUACCCGGCGACUCGGCCUCAUCGUCGGCAGCUGCAUGGGCUUCGUCGUCUUCGUCGUGCUGAUCUCCGUCCUCGGCUACAUGAAGAUGAAGAAGCAGCGCGCCGCGGCCAAGCGCGAGCAGCCCCUCGCGCCCAAUCCGCCCGAGUACAUGUCCUACCGGCACUUCUCGCUGCAGAGCGGCGACAGGCCGGACAACACCUGCCCGAGCUUCAUCAGCAACAUCGGCACCACGGCCCUCAACUCGUAGCACAAGGCCCCCGCCGAGACCUGCUGCGCGGUCGAGCAGCUGGCCAUGGCCGAGCACCAAGACAUCGAGCUCAAGCCCGUGGCGCCGCCCGACUUCUUCGCCUAAAGAGUCCUUCAGAGCGCGGCCCGUCUUGGCGGCCGAUCCACGUGUACGCGAGUGUGCGCGAGUGUGCGUGAGUGAGCGGUGCGUUGGUUCGUUGAAUAAGCGAUUCGUCGUCGGGUUAUGCAGUGGUGUACAGUGACGACGACGCGAUAUGUUCGAGUGGACUGCGAGAUACGGCGAAUGUACGGAUGCACGGGAGUAGCAACCACAACGACGAGCGAUGAAUUUUUCAUUCAGCAUAUUUUAAUCAUACAAACAUCCACAGUAGCGCGUCUAUACGAUAUCGAGCGCGCGCCCGACCCUCAUCUUCUCGAAGACUGAUUUUUUAAAGCAUGUUUUUCGUCCUUAUACUAUAUUGUCGACUGUAUCUCGAGCUCUCUCGGUAUGAUUCUUGUACCCAUUUUUAUUGUGAAAAAUCCACAGGACGCCGGCGGAGUGGCCGCGAGUAUGUGGUAAAUGUUUUAUACGUCUUACGCGAUGUGAAGAAUCGAAUGUUGUACGAUGCAUAUGGUAUAUAUAUAUAUAAAUAUAUAUGAACAUAGUUAUAUAGUUCGAGAGAAUCACGAGAAAGAAAAGAAGGAAUUUUAUCGUUGUAAGUCUGACAGAGCGUAAACGCGAUAUUCCUGCCAAGUCUGUCACUGCGAGUAAAUUGUUCAUAAAAAUUGUCGAUAUCGCGCGCGAGGCGACGAAUCAAUCAAAAAAAUAUAUAGAUAGACCCGAGAGAGCGAUAAUCGCUAGGCUCCAUCGAGCGCGAUGAAAAUCUUCUAAUUAAAAGAGUACACUGGUUGUCAUGCGCUUACAGAAGAUUUUUCUUUGAUGGAUGCUUUCGCGACAUCGCCCACCUAUACGGUAACCAAGAAAUUCGUGUACAUAGAUAGCCAAGAAAAAAAGUAUAUAUAUAAAAUAAAUAAUGGAUGAUUCGGUUAAUAAAAAAGUGAUGGUAAAAGCA